AAAAUAAUUAGUGUGAGUGUGAUGUUGACAGAAAGCAUAUAAAUAAAUUCAGGACAUGCAAGUAUGAUCCAUGAUAUUAAAUACGAUUAUUAUGGUGAUAAAUUAGCAAGUUGCGGAAGUGAUGGGUAUAUUAAUGUCUAUGACGUGUCAAAAAAAUAAUAAGUUGCUCAAAUUAAGACGUACAUAAUGAAUAUUACAUUUUAGUCGAGAUUCUCCUUUAUUUUCAUUAUCUUGGUCACAUCCUAGGUUUGGUAACGUAUUAGCCGCUUCGUCUUACGAUGGAGAAAUUUCUAUUUUUAAGGAAUAAAAGGAAUGGAGUAAAGUGGCAACCUAUUAGAAUGAGGGCAGUGUGAAUUGUGUUCAAUUUAUGCCUAGAGAAUUAUUUUUGGCAUGUGGUACUUCAGAUGGAUUUGUAAUUUUAUUGGACAAUAACAAAAAUUGGGAUGUUGAUUAUAAAUGGCAAGCACAUGAAUCAAUAAUACAUGGAUUGUGUUGGAAUUAAGAUGGUUCAUUAUUAGCAACUUGCAGUGCUGAUAAAUUGAUUAAAGUCUGGGAAUUUACUAUCAAUUACAAGCCAUAAUUGAAAUACACAAUUCAAUCUCAUUUGGAAGUAGUGAAGGAUGUUUAAUUCCACCCUUUAGAAAACAAUAUUCUUGUAUCAGGAGGAGAUGUAAAAAUCAAUCACAUAUAUAGGAUGGUAAAUUGAGAAUUCAUAGAUUGGAUGAGGAUGCAUUGGAAAGUCAAGUUAUUGAUGUUCACAUGACCAUUUGGAGAACAUCAUUCAAUAUGUUGGGCAAUUUAUUAACAAUAAAUGGAGAAAUUAAUGGUUAGAGUAAUAUUAAAACACUUAAAUAAGAGAGCAAUUUUUAAUAUAGCAUUAUUGAUUGCAAUUGA